AUGCGGAGCUCCAAUGGUUGCUGGACCUGCCGGCUUCGGCGCAAAAAAUGCGACGAAACCUAUCCUGUAUGUGCUGUCUGUAGCGCACUUGAUAUCACAUGUCACUACCAGGAUGAGAAACCGGAGUGGAUGGACGGCGGCGUGAAGCAGGACGAGAUGGCUGAGUGCGUCAAACGCGAGGUCAAAGAGAACGCUCGCCAUCGCCGUGAAGGGGGAUAUGCGAUCCACGCCUCCGCCGAACCGAUGGCGAUAUCGCAAGAUUCGCCCAGCGAGCGGGCUUGCCCGGUAUUAAAUCUCUUAGAGACAAACACGGUGCAACCGAGUCCAGACCCGUCUUCUCUCUGGCUUCAACACGGGGCUGGCAACAUGUAUAGUAGCCAGGGCGCCCCCGAGAGCAUGACUCUCAAGCGGUCUGAAGCCGUACUCUUCACUUUCUACCUCGAAACCCUGUUUCCCUUCCUCUUCCCGUUCUACCGGCCUUCGUACCUUCAAGGCGGAAGAGCCUGGAUCUUGGAAAUGAUUAUAAGCAGGCCCGUAGUGCGACAGGCCGUUCUAUGCCAGAGCGUGUAUUUCUUUUCUCUUGCCCAGGGCACCGCGGCCGACUGCGAUUUAGACUGGGAGAAAGUGCUCACGCAAACUGGUGAUGCCUUUGGUGUCUUGAGGCAAGCCCUGCAGGUGAUUGACGGAUCGGGUAUCGCAGGGCAUCUGCACGGCGCUGUCCGGAUCAUGUCAAGCAUCAUGCAACUGCAACGUUUUGAGAUUGCCAUAUUGAGCUUUCAUAACUGGCAGAAUCAUCUCAAUGCUGCGCUUGCUCUAUUUAGACAACUCCUCGACAGUGUCCUUGAACUGGGAGCACCUAGUUCAAAAUUUGAAGCUGUUAUAAGCCACUUGGGUUCAUCCUCGAGCUGGUCUGGCCCGGGUGACCAGGUUCCAAGUGCAGAACAAGCUGCUUUUCGCUUUUCCUCCGCUCUUGUGAUAUUCGAUGAUAUUAUUGCUAGCACGGUCCUUCAGAGCCAGCCCAGGCUUUAUGAGUAUCACCACAGCCUUCUUGGUAAUAUCGAAGGCACUGGCAAGCCCUUUAUUAACCUCGAAGCUAUUGUCGGGAUGAAAAACUGGAUCCUGCUGCAAAUUGGCGAAAUUUCUACACUUGACGCUUGGAAACAGCAUUGUAUAGCAGCUGGGAAUCUCGAUGUCGUGGAGCUAGUCCAUCGUGCUACGGCUAUCAAGGAGUCGUUAUCGACCCAUCUCGCCAGUCUCGGUACCGAUCUAGCACAUUUCUCCAGAGAGAGAAGCAGUAUUCUGGAUGUUUUUGCUCCACCGGUCUGCCAGGGUUUCUUGGUUACUCGUGUCUGGACUCAUGCAGCCCUCGUUUAUCUAUCUACGGUUGUCUCUGGAUGGCAGCCCGCCAACGUAGACGUGCGUUGCAACGUGAGCCAAGUCAUCGAGCUGCUACUCAAAGGCCAAAUAUCGCCGGCCUUGCUACGUACAAUGGCGUGGCCGUUCUGCGUCGCAGGAUGCCUUGCAGAGCCCGGCCAAGAAGCUCAAUUUCGUGGAAUAGUCGAGGUACUGCAACCACCAAGCUUCUUUGGCACGAUACACAAGGCGCUUGAGAUGAUGGAGAAUACGUGGCGGCACAGAGGUGUUGGUGGUACGACCCGCGAUAUCGCUGCAUGCUUUAGGACUCAAGAUGAUUUAGUGCUUCUCGUUUAA